AACACCUGAUAGAAGAAGCCCCACAAAACACACAACUUCGACGACAAACAAGCUGUUGAUGUGUGAAUCGAAUCUGUUAUUAGCUAAUUGUCCUCGGUAAGGACUAGCUACAGAUACAGAUAGAUACAAUGUCCUCGGCGUCAGGAGCAAAAGAGGAGAAGCGGCGUCCCGAUAUCCUGCUGUUGUUGGAUCAAACGGAUCUUUGGGUGACCGGGAUCCUUCCGUUUGUGGGGAGCGGACACUUUGCGUUUGUGGCAGCUGUGUGCCACCGUUUCAAAGACUUGUAUCAAGCAUAUUGGGCAGCACUAAAGGAAGACAUGAUAGAAAAAGUAAGGGACCCAAAGUUCGGGGACCGGCUUCGAACUCGCAGAGCAACCAGCACGGAUACCUUCUAUAGUGCAGUGUUCACAAGUCUUUCUUGUACCAAGUAUUGGAAUGCUGACAACAGGAAGGAACACAACAAAAGAAACAGCAGCAUUCUGCGAGUUGCCACUUUGGCUGCCAAAAGCGGAAACCUCGCAGUCUUCCAAUGGGUUCGUGAGAAUGGUUGGUCUUGGGAUACAAGAACUUGUUACAUAGCUGCUGGGCAUGGCCAUUUCCACAUCUUGAAAUAUGCCCAUGAAAAUGGUUGCGAUUGGGACAGUAUGACAUGUUAUGCUGCUGCCGAAGGAGGACAUUUGGAUAUUCUAAAGUAUGCCCGGGAAAAUUACUGCCCAUGGCAUUCAGAGACAUGUGCUGCUGCUGCCGCAAAUGGACCUUGGAUAUACUCAAAUGGCUCAUGAGCAAUGGGUGUCCAUGGAAUGAAAACACCUGCAGUAAUGCUGCCAGGCAGUGCCACUUGGAUGUGCUAAAGUAUGCUCAUGAGCAUUGGGUGUCCGUGAAUGAAUACACCUGCAGUAAUGCUGCUCUCAAUGGCAACUUGGGUGUGCUAAAGUAUGCUCAUGAGCAUGGAUGUCCGUGGAAUACAAAUACCUGCUUGCAAGCAGCACAGCAUGGGCAUUUGGAGCUGCUGAAAUGGGUGCAUGAGAAUGGCUGCCCGUGGAAUGAAUUAACAUGCAGUGUUGCUGCAAGGAAUGGGCAUCUGAUGUGCUCAAGUAUGCUCAUGAGAAUGAAUGUCCAUGGGACGAUCGUGUUUCCUGGACUGCUGCACGCCAUGGGCAUGUCAAAAUCCUGAAGUAUGCCAAUGACAAUGGCUGUCCAAGGCAUGCUAAUAUCCUCUCAAUUGCAGCCAAGGAGGGACACUUGGGUAUCCUAAAAUAUGCCCACGAGAAUGGCAGUCCCUUGAAUGGUGAUGUAUACCUGAAUGCUGCAAAGGAAGGUCACCUAGAAAUUGUCCAGUGGGCUCAUGAAAAUGGCUUACCAUGGUUUGAAAAGUGUGUUCUGCUGC